AUGAUCAAAGCAAGCUCAGAGGACCGUCAGGACUUCAUCAACGGGCUGGCGACAGAAGAGGGACUGGCUACCGUUCGACAAGUCGUUGAGUCAAACUUUGCCAGGUCAUACAGUGUCCUUGGGGCAAUGUUUCAUGUCCAUGGCAUUCUUUUCCUUCAGGUCAUCACUCAUGACGGCGCCCUAUCUUCUCUUGCCCUCGAGCGCUCGAUGGGGACUAUCUACAAUGUCAUAUACGGACCAAAUGGACGCAGAGCCGUCGCAUUUUUCACCCAAGUGACCGAGCAUGUGCUGCGUAUGAAGUCUGACUUGAGUCCUGACAGCAAAAUCUCCACGAACCCCGAUAUGCUUCAAUUCGAAGAAACAUUGCUACUCGUGUCGAAAGCUUUUCUACGCACCCUAACCCUGAAUCAGGAGGCUGCAAUCCAGAAUGAGUUCAGAGCCAUCGUUGAAAGUCUUUGUAAGAGCUACGAUGACAAGCAUAUUUUCAACGGAGUUGCUUCUUCUAAAUUACGAGGGGCUCACGACAACAUGAUCAAGCUUAAGGAUGUCCUAUCCAUGGGAGACUUACUUCAACACUCUCAUGGCCGCAACACUCAUCAUAAUACGCAGCGUAAGCUACCAAACACCAAAGCGUUCCAGGUUGACUUACCAGGCGAGCUGUCUGUUCACGGUCCUCGACACGAUAAUGACCAUUCUUCCAUAUUCCAUAUUCGUGUCCUUCCUACUAUUUCCGAAAUAUUCUCCCUUGGACGGGCCGAAUUUCUCCCUGCGCGGAAUCCUGCGUUCGACAAGCUUGACGAGCAUGAAACAGGUAUCCGUCGGCUACUCGAUAGUCAAUUUCGCUUACUCCGUGAGGAUACUUCUGGCCUACUUCGCGACUCAAUCCGCCUUAUACUGGAUAAUUGGGAUACACUCGUACACCAAUCUGACUGGCGCCUGAAGCGUCGAAUCCUACGUGAUGGUGGCAUCACACCUGUGCGUAUCUAUCUGGGGGUUGGGAUGCGUCAGAUCCGAUCAGGCGGGAAAAAGGGCAUCGAAAUCGAUCUUGAGUUCAACCAACCUUCAAGACUGAAGUUCAUGAGCCCCACAAGACGAAAGCAGUGGUGGCAGAACUCACAGGCUCUGAAGGAGGGCCCGGCAAUCCUUGCUCUUAUUGAUGGCGAGGACCUCAAUAAUGUCUCUGUGACUUUUUUGCAAGUUUCCAAAAGAGAUCUCAACGUCAAUUACGACACCCCUGCUGCUGCUACACAGGCAACCGUGCCCACUCAUGUCAGCGAUUUGGUCAACGACGGCAACCGCGCGAUGAUUAGUCUUAGGCUGACAAAUGAUUUUCAUGACAAGGAGCUUACUAACAUCUUUGAAUACGCGCGCUCCAAGAAUAGUGGACGACCGCUUCUGCUUGUUGAAUUUCCAGCAGUGCUUUUCAACUCUUUCGAUGGUGUUCUGCAGUGUCUCCAGACCCAAUAUGUGCAUCCCGAGCAUUUGCCAUUUGCAACAUGGAUUGUCCCUCGUCCCGAUUGGAAUACCGGGCAACAGGAGGUGUUGUCUAGUUCUGUUAAAGAAUAUGUUACUGUGCCCCCACCAUCUUACCUCGAUGAACACAAAUCUCUGGACCUGUCGUGUCUGUUCGGUGACUUGCUCGCAAUUGGCAGCAGCGACACAAGCAGCAAUGAUCCGACUCCGUCAUUUUCACUUCAAGAUGACCCAGCAUGGGUGGCCAAUGAGCUGUCCAGAACAACGAGUCUCGAUAAGGGUCAGGCAAAUGCCCUAGUUUGGGCCCUCCGCCGCGAGAUCGCACUUAUACAGGGACCGCCUGGAACAGGAAAGUCGUACGUUGGGAUACAGUUGGCGAAAUGCCUAUCAGCGAAUCGGGAACAACUUGAACUAGGUCCGAUUCUAUGUGUAUGUUACACUCCUCACGCACUUGAUCAAUUUUUGCAGGGUUUACUCGAUGCUGGUAUCACCAGUAUUGUGCGGCUCGGCCCGCGAAGCGUAUUCCCGCACUUAGAAGCGCUCUCGCUCGAUAACCACCGACAAGCCCGUCGAGGGCCUUUUAUCAGAAGCUACAACGAUAUGCGAAUUGCUAAUCACGACAAACUGAAAGAGAUCACCGUCGGGCUUGAACAUGUUUGCAGCCUGAUUGAGCAAGGUGGGAUGCAUAUGACAUUGUGGUUCGUCAAGAAGCGCUUCCCCUACGAGGCGGAACGCAUCACAGCUGUGGAUCCUGAGUGCAGUGAGGUCGAGGCUUUUAGACUGUGGACUCAGGGCGACGAUGCGAGUGCUUGGGUAGAGAUUGACGGCGUGCGUUCUCCCGAGGAGCUCAUGCAGGCCGAUGUGUGGACUCUCUCGCCGGCAGAACGUACACGCCUGUACGACUUCUGGCAUGACUUAGCACUCGAUGAACUUCGCAACGUCCUUUCGCGCUUGGUGAAAGCAUACUACAAGCAGAAGAAGAACUUGACGGCUAUCUACCAUAUAGCUGAAGCUAGUAUGCUUCAGGGGUUUGACGUGAUAGGCGUCACAACGACAAUGCUGGCAAAUCUAUCGGCCCAGAUACGUAGUGUCCAAGCCAGAGUGCUGAUAUGUGAAGAGGCUGGCGAGGUUCUUGAAUCGCAUGUUCUUACUGCGCUGUUGCCUUCUGUGCAGCAUGCUAUUCUGAUAGGGGACCAUCUCCAACUUCGGCCCCGCAUAAGCAACCUUAGGCUUUCGAUAAGUUACGAUGGCGAGGGUGCAAAGUACGGGCUCGAUGAGUCAUUGUUUGAGCGACUCGCCAACAGUCGUUUUGACAUACCCAAUGAUAACGGACCGCCGACUGGAAGGCGUCGGUUUCCGGUUACGCAAUUGAACAUCCAACGGCGAAUGCAUCCUUCGGUCGCUGAUCUUGUUCGUGAAUCGCUGUACCCAGACCUACAGGAUCAUCCUUCCACGACUAUUUAUCCGCCGAUUCCGGGAUUCAAGCGCCGACUGUUCUGGCUCGACCAUCGAAAUGUGGAGGAUGAUGGCGAUUCCUCGGAUCCAAUGCAUAGCAAAACUAAUUCGUGGGAGGUUCAGAUGGUUACAUCGGUGGUCAGACAUCUUCUCCGGCAGGGAAGAUAUAGUCCGGGCGAGAUAGCCGUGUUGACUCCCUAUGUCGGGCAGCUGAGGAUGCUUAGGGAUAUCCUAGAGCAGGAGAUGACGUUGAUCAUUGGUGAGCGAGAUGCCGAGGAUCUUGGGGAAGCGGAACGUACAGGAACGGGUGACGAUCCCAACGGUAGAAAUGAGCGAUGGUUCCAGGGGCAGAACACAGUACGCAAGGGUAGCUUGCUCGAUGCUCUUAGGUUGGCGACAGUAGAUAAUUUCCAGGGUGAGGAAGCAACUGUUGUCAUCGUUUCUUUGGUUCGAAGCAAUAAGUUCCGGAAUUGCGGCUUCCUAAAAUCUCCGAACCGCAUCAAUGUCUUGCUAAGUCGUGCAAAGCAUGGAAUGUACCUUAUCGGCGAUGCAAACACCGCAUCGACAGCGCCAAUGUGGUCAACUGUGAUACAACUGAUGGAACAGAAUGAGAACAUUGGACCGUAUCUGGAACUCGACUGCGAACGUCAUCCUCACAACAAAAUGCGAGUCUCCUGCCCUGAUGACUUCUCUGUACAAUCGCCCGAGGGUGGCUGCGCAGAGACUUGUGGCUUGAGACUAGAUUGUGGGCACACUUGCGUGCUCAAAUGCCACUCGCAAAGACAGCACAGAGCAGUCAAAUGCUUUCAGAAAUGCUACAGAAUGCUUAAAUGCGGCCACCCGUGCGCGAGAAAGUGCUACGAGCCAUGUGGUCCUUGUACAGCAUUUGUCUCGAAUGUUGCAUUACUCUGUGGGCACAAUUUGGAAAAGGUGGAAUGCAAUCGGAUGGGUAAACUGGAGACCGUGAGAUGUACUGUCGAUCUUAUCUUCAAAUUGCCCUGGUGUGAGCACAAAAUCAAAGCCCAAUGCCACGAAAGACACAACUCCAUCAAAUGCCCCCUCCCUUGCGGCAUGGACUUACCUUGCGGGCAUAAGUGCCAACGCCCAUGCUCCUCGUGUCGGGUCUACAAAGACGGGGCGACAUAUGUCGACCACGGUAAAUGCACCAGUAUCUGCCGUAAGGGCUUCACAAACUGCACGCAUAGUUGCGAUCGAAUUUGCCAUUCCAAGACCGCAUGUUCGCCCUGUCGCCGGCCUUGCGAUGUUCACUGCAAGCACAGCAAAUGUCCCAAGCUCUGCAACGAGCCGUGUCCUCCAUGCGCAGAACCUUGUGGGUCUGGCUGUGAACACCGCGAAGCUUGCAAGCUUCCCUGCGCCGUCCCUUGCGAGAACAACCCAUGCAACCGCCGCUGUGAGAAGAAAUUGAAGCUCUGUGGACAUCAGUGUCCGGCGAUGUGCGGAGAGCCGUGCCCUCCUUCGCGGUUCUGUCAGACUUGUGCUCCACCCGAGGCACUGCAGCAGCAGGUUGACCUUCUUGAGUUCAAGACCUUUAAAGAAAUUGACCUCGACAAAUCGCCUCUGAUCUUCCUUCCCUGCAACCAUUUUUACACUAUUGCUUCCCUAGACGGAAUCCUAGGUAUGGAUGAAUCUUUCGAGUUCGAUGCUUCCACAGGCGAUAUCAUUGGUCCGAAGCCGUCGCAUUGGGAGUUGAUGUCAGGGUCAGUGCUGAAGGGCUGUCCGGAAUGUCGUCGACCACUCCGGGAUAUCAAUCGUUACAGCCGGAUUUUAAAAAAGGCCCUGCUGGAUGAGUUUACUCGCAAAUUCGUCACAUUCGCUAGUGCGCAGUACGCUGAACUCGCAGACAAAGUGGUCCAAUUCGAGAGGCAUGUCGAUGCUACACGAACCGACUUUCUGAAGUACUGGACCCAUGAAGUCGGAGACUCGAAAAGUCUAGAACAGGUUAAGACCGCUCUCAAUGCUUAUCGAGCAGGAGGCCUCAAGCUGCAUAAGAGAGUGAAGGAUUUCGUCAAGUCCGUUGGUUCUGCGGAACAGCCAUUAGGCAAGUUGAAUGACAUGCUCGCUAGUGCGACACUACGCGAGAACAAUUCUACGAGCAACACACCGAUGGCUGAUGACUCGAUGAUACAAACCGGAUUCGGGCUGCGUGGUCAUGUCUUAGGGCUUCGACUCAGCUGGGCCAUACUUCGCGAUUUUGACCAUAUUUGCAGUAAUCAAACAGUUGAUCACCGCAUUCGCGAGAACUUAAUCCAGCGUGGUACGAGUCAAAUAAAGGACCUGGUUACCAAGUGUCUCUUGCUGAAGAAGUCCACUAUGAAGGCCAAUCUUCUCCAAGAGAGAGUUGAAUCAGGAAUCUACUUCGCGCUGUUCUCCAUGCUCUGUCUAAGCAACAUGCGAGCGCACGGCAAGACAGUUGAAGUGACAACUGAGAAUGAGUCUCGCCAAAAGGCGCAGGAAGAGCUUCUUUCUUGCGAAAGACUGUGCGCUAGGUCACCGAAAGUCUUAGGUUAUCUCCUUGACGAUAUCGAGAAUGCGAAGAGAGUUGUAAACGACGGAACGUUCUACGCUCUGGUGACGAGUGAGGAGAAGCGCCAGGUGUACAGAGCUAUGGCAGAGCAGUUCGCUGGCACCGGACACUGGUACUAUUGUCAGAACAAUCAUCCCUUCACGAUCGGCGAAUGCGGUAUGCCUAUGGAGGAAGCACGAUGCCCACAGUGCGAGGCUCCGGUUGGAGGGAUGAAUCAUCAACUCGCCCAAGGAGCUCGUGCAGCGGAAGACAUGGAUCGAGAAUUUGGAGAAACAGAGCUCACAGAGCAGGAUGUCAGGGAGGGAUUGAUCAUGGAGGAAUUGAGGGGAGAGAUGAUGGCUGAUGAAAUAGAAGGAGAGCUUAUUGAGAUGUAA